AUGAAACACGCACAUCUGAGUUUGCUGGGCGGCGAGAUUACGUCAUCUGGGAAGACGCUGGUUUUCUGUUCGGGAUCAGCCUACUGGUAACUCAUGGGAAGUUGUUUCUCCACUAAAAUCACAUUUUAAAAACUUUUACGAAAGCUUUUGUUAAACAUUCCUCGGCUCGUUCUUUUAUUUUAUUUUUGUUUGUUUGUUUGUUUGUUUUUUUGUUAAAUCACAGCUAAACGAUGUCGUUUGUCCCCGGUCAACCAGUGACUGCAGUUGUGCAAAGAAUUGAAAUCCAGAAGCUGUGCCAAGGAGAAAACCUGAUUCUGGGCUUCAGCAUCGGAGGCGGUAUCGACCAGGACCCCGGGCAGAACCCCUUCUCUGAGGACAAGUCAGAUAAGGGAAUCUAUGUGACCAGGAUAACUCCAGGAGGACCAGCAGAAGUUGCAGGGUUGAGGAUAGGAGACAAAAUCAUGCAGGUGAACGGCUGGGAUAUGACCAUGGUGACUCACGACCAGGCUCGUAAAAAGCUGACAAAGAAGAGGGAAGACGUGGUGAGGCUACUGAUAACCAGGAAGUCCCUGGAAGAAGCGGUUAAACAUUCAAAGGGGAGUCAUCCCAGACAGUGAUCUGCCUGCACAGACCAAUGAGAGGACAGCAAAGGACCGGGUAGUUUAACAAACUCUGCAGACGUCUCCAAAUGCAGCUGCCUUGUGGCCUGUAAAGCUACAUCAAUGCAAAGAAAACAAACAGAUUCAAGUCCAUCCAUUUUACAUUUGGAGACUUAUUGAGUUAUCUGAGGCUCGAGUGUAAUCCCAAUUGCUAUAAACUUAUUAGCUUUCCCUUUAAGACCCAUUCCUACUCAGUAAGAAAUGAAAUCACCUGAACAGUGAAGUGAGUUUGAUCUUCAUACUACAGCACACGAAUGUAAUUCCAGGUUUACCUUUUGUAACUUUUGACCACUGGCAGAACAAAUACAAAGGCUUGGAAAGCAGAAACGUUGAUUGUGUUGAUGAGUGUUAAAACAAAAAUGAUUCCUUCAUUCUGAUUUAGCUGAUGUUUGUUAAAUUAAUCUCGUUGGCAUUCAGAUACCGGGUACUGCAACUAAAUCGUAUUGAUCACACUUAACGAUCAGUUUUCCUCUUAUCUGAAGCAAAGACCCAAUAUUCUGCUAUCCAAAAUAAACGCCAAAGUUAAAGCCAAAA